GGUGGACGUUUCCACCUGCCACACUUGCAGGAUGCCCGUUUAAGACCACCCCGUCUCGUACCAUGGAAGAGACCGAGGAUGUCGAGGAGGAGCUGCCACGUUCUCGUUCCCGAUCUCGGGACCGCUUAGAAUCAAAUCUGGUGCCGCGGACAUGCCGCUUUUGUGGGAAGCACACCAUCUGUGAAUUUGGCCGAGAAGAGAAUCUAUGCAGCAGGAGGUGCUACAAUCAAACCAUGAAGGGAUGCGAUGUUUUGCUUUGGGAUGGUGGCGAAGCCAAGAACUGGCUACACACUGAAGGCUUGAGCAAAUGGAGUCGGCAAAUCGAUGUGGCACAUGGCCAUCAGCUUCUCACCAAGAUGACGGAAGGCACUCUUGGAAAAGCUGGCGUACCUCAAAUGAAAGCCAAGGAUGCCAUAAAGACCAUCGAAGAGUUACGUCAGGGCGCCUGGGCGCAAAUUGAACCUCCUCGCAAGGAGCUCCCCUUGGAAACAGUUGCCGAGAUGGGAUUCAAAGGUGACUGGGAGAUGGUCAUCGAGGACAAUCCCCUGCGCUCGUAUGCAGCCGUUUGCCGACAAGCAAUCGACAGUGACCUCGCCUGGAAGUGGUUCGAAACGUUGCAGACGCAGCUGCCAUGGCAGGACCCUACGGACGAGAAAUACCAGAAGAAUGGCAAGACGAUCGCAAGACGAACCAUUUUUGUGGUGGAUCAGGGGUGCAACUGUACAUACAAAUACUCCGGCGUUGCUGUAAAGCCCUUCCCUGAGACUGACUUUCUGGCAGAGAUUCGGAAGAAAUGUGUGGAGAUUGCUGGGCUUCCAGUGCAGCCCAACAGUUGCAACAUCAAUUUGUACCGGGACGGCCAUGAUGCGGUCGGCUGGCACACGGACGACGAGCCUUUGUUUGAAGGUGACUACAAUGACAUUUGCAUUCUAAGCUUGUCGCUGGGAUCUUCUCGAACUUUCCAGGUGAAGAAGAAGGGAGGGAAGCGAGAUGUCGCCUUGAAAUCCUUCGUCGUCUCGCACGGAGAUCUUUGCACCAUGGAAGGCCGCUUCCAACGGCAUUAUCUCCAUGCGAUUCAAAGAGAGCCCGAAGUGGCCGAGCCCAGGAUCAAUCUGACCUGGCGCUAUAUCACCAAGCACAAUCAUUCUGAUGGCUGUAACUUGCAGGGAGAGGGGAACUAGGUGAACUAAGUUCCCCGGAGCAUGGUGAAGUCGCCGUGCUGCUUCUCUCGAGUUGUGUAGAAGCUCAGACCCAUCGCUCAGACUUGUUCAAUCUCCAAAAAGCAUAGUGCUCUCCUUGCAGUCGUCAGAGCCAAAC